UAACCAAUAACUUAAUUAGCUAUCAUGGCAUCGGACGAGGAAAUGUCAGGAGCGUUGGCGUGGCUGAACAAGUUCUGUGCAGAUAACACAGAUAAGUACGAGAAGGAGGAGAACCCACUGCGUAUUAUAGCCUACUACAUUUCUAAUCAUGAGAUGCAGGGCGCUUGUAUGAGCUGGGCAAGUUCUUAUCUUCACAAACUGGACUGUCCUCUAAACUUCGCGUUAGUGUUAUCUUAUCACAUAGCUAAAGAAGUAGAACUGCUGGACACAACACAGAACUUUACUCAACACGACACCGAACAAGGAACACAGACGGUGGCAGCCGAGGUAGCAAGAUGUGUUUUCAACAAAGUCCAUCAGGUGUGUUGUAGGUGGCAGUCUGCCCCGGAGCUACCUUACUUUGUGAAGGAGUACAUGCUGGACGACGGCAAGAUAUUCUCAGGAGCAUGUGCUGAUCAGAACAGAAGGAAGAAGAUGGAGGACAGAUAUAUCUGUAUACCCAACCUCAACAACUUGCUUCAACUAGAGGGUAAACGAGUGUCGUACCACGCGGUGUAUGACGGACACGGAGGUAUUGACGCGGUGGCGUACACUAUACAGCACUUACAUCUCAACAUAGCUAAGAGCCCAAACUUCGUGAACGACCCUGCUAAAGCUAUUGAAGAGGGGUUCAUCUUAACAGACAAGAACUUUGUUCAGAAAGCCAACAGAGAGAACCUCCGAAGCGGAACCACCUCUGUUGUAAUCAUGAUAACCUCGACACACCUUCACGUGGGAUGGGUCGGGGACUCUCAAGCGAUUCUGGCAAGGAAUCAGACUCACAUCGACAUCAUGACCCCUCAUAAACCUGAAAGAGAGGAUGAGAAGAAGCGUAUAGAAGACCUAGGCGGGUGCGUAGUAUGGUUUGGUGCGUGGCGCGUAAAUGGUACUCUGUCCGUGUCCCGUGCCAUUGGUGAUGCAUCCCACAAGCCCUACGUGAGUGGAGACCCAGAUAUAAAGUCGCUACUUUUGGAUGGAACUGAAGACUUUGUUGUGAUCGCAUGUGAUGGACUGUGGGAUGUCAUUCCACCUUGGGAGGCUGUGGAAUUAGUGGUGGACUAUGUCAAAGAUUUCGGCGUUGACGCUGACGCAACUGCCAAACAUUUGGUUACUCAAGCUGUAGAUCGGGGGUCUCAGGACAAUAUUACCAUCAUAAUUGUCUUCUUCGAGGACGGUCCACUGGUGACCAGCUGUAGGCCUCCCAAAGAAGAGGAGUCAGUGAUUUUCCCGAUCCCGAUUGCUGUGACUCCAGAAGCUCAGGCCAUAUUAGAACGACUGGACCGGAGCGUGAGGGGCGCCCAGGAGAGCCCUGAGCCAGCGGUAGAGCCGUCCACUGACCAGGAAGUUCCUAUUUCGGAAAAUCGAGCAACAACCAACGGGUCCAGACCCCCGACACCAAGAUCUGAGCGGACCACCCCGAGGGGUGAAACCCCCCAUAAACAACAAGACUGUAUGAGUAGGGGGGUCACACCUCACGGACUGGUCACAGACACCGCGGAAGUCAAGUGAAACUUGUCAGAUUGUACCAGGUUAAUAUUACAUAUCAGUUAAAAACGCUGCAUGGUUACGGGAAUGAAUUUUAUGUAUAUUUUGGCAAAUUCCCGCCCAUCUGCAACCAUCAAUCAUUUGUCCAUGUUGCCAUUGUUAUUGAUGACGGUUUUGAUAUCGGAGUAAAGUUUAUCUUAAUUUUUUAUGAAGAAUUUUGAAGGAUUUAAGGUUUAAGGUUUGUUGAAAUAACCCCAGCCCACCUCAUUUUGGGCUGAAUUUCAUAUUACAUAUUACAUAUUACAGUAUUUUGUGCCUCCAAAUUUAUUUCUGUGCGAGUAUAGCUUUAAUGUUAUAAGACAAUCUCACAAGUUUGAGAACGCUCUUGAUAUCUUAAAAUCCGAUGAAUCAAUAAAUUUAUUCUUUAAAUCAAUUCAUUUGCUAACAAAUGUUUCAAAGAUAUCCAAUAUUAACUUUUCACCAUCAUCAUUGAGAUGGUUGUUUCCUACUAUUAAUGUUUGAACCAUUUGAAAUGGUGCACUUGUUUUGCUACUUUUUGAAUUCUCUUUAACUAUUAAUUACAAUGGUCUGUCUGCCCAUGUUUUGUAUUAUAAUCCGUUGAAUUGUGUUGUGUUCAGAGUUUAGACCCAUGUACAGUCAAUCUUGCUUUAAAACUUCUUGGUGUAAGAUCCUUAUAAUUAUAGAAAGAAAUGAAUUCAGCCGUAAUAGGUUUCGUAAAA